AUGGGCAGCCCCUGGAACAGCAGCGCCGGCGCGGACGGCGCGGACGGCGCGCUGCUGCCGUGCGACGAGCGCCUCUGCUCGCGCUUCCCCCUGGAGGCGCUGGUGCCUGUGACCGCCGUGUGCCUGGGCCUGUUCGCCGUCGGGGUGAGCGGCAACGUGGUGACGGUGCUGCUGAUCGGGCGCUACCGGGACAUGCGGACCACCACCAACCUGUACCUGGGCAGCAUGGCCGUAUCCGACCUGCUCAUCCUGCUCGGGCUCCCCUUCGACCUGUACCGCCUCUGGCGCUCGCGGCCCUGGGUGUUCGGGCAGCUGCUCUGCCGCCUCUCGCUCUACCUGGGCGAGGGCUGCACCUACGCCACGCUGCUGCACAUGACGGCGCUCAGCGUCGAGCGCUACCUCGCCAUCUGCCGCCCGCUCCGUGCCCGCGUCCUCGUCACCCGGCGCCGCGUCCGCGCCCUCAUCGCCGCGCUCUGGGCGGUGGCGCUGCUCUCCGCCGGGCCCUUCUUCUUCCUGGUGGGCGUCGAGCAGGACCCCGGCCUCGACGCGGUCCCGGACCUAAACGGCAGCGCCCCGCUCACGCCCUCGCCCCGCACCUCGCCGCCACCGUCGCACCCCGGGUCCUCGCGAGCGCCACCGCUGUCCCCCCCGUCGGGGCUCGAGGCCGCGGCGGCCGCGGCUCUGUUCAGCCGCGAGUGCCGGCCCAGCCCGGCUCAGCUAGGCGCGCUUCGCGUCAUGCUUUGGGUCACCACCGCCUACUUCUUCCUGCCCUUUCUGUGCCUCAGCGUCCUCUACGGGCUCAUCGGCCGGGAGCUGUGGAGGAGCCGGGGGCCGCUACGAGGCCCGGCCGCUUCCGGGCGCGAGAAGGGCCACCGGCAGACGGUCCGCGUCCUGCUGGUGGUGGUUCUGGCAUUUAUAGUGUGCUGGUUGCCUUUCCACGUUGGCAGGAUCAUUUACAUAAAUACGGAAGAUUCCCGGAUGAUGAACUUCUCUCAGUACUUUAACAUUGUUGCUUUGCAACUUUUCUAUCUGAGUGCAUCCAUCAACCCGAUCCUCUACAACCUCAUUUCAAAGAAGUACAGAGCAGCGGCCUGGAAACUGCUGCUGGCUACACAGUCCAGACAGAGAAGUUUCUGCCGAAGCAGGGACACCGAGGGGGACAUGGGAGGAGACGCUGCUGGCUACACAGAGACCAGCGCCAAUGUACAGACGUCGUCAACCAGUACCGCCAAGCAAGUCGCCUUGUCCCACAAUGCUGAGACUUCAGGGAAGACAGGUCUGUAGGGAAAUCAGGACUGAAGGGGACGGCGGGUGGGGGGCGGUACUGAUGCCCUCAGGAAGAGUUGGGAAGAGUGGUCAACAUUCUGCAAAUUGGUCACCAUGUCAACAUCAUGUCAACAACACGUCAGCAUGAUGUUCGUUUUUAAAACCAAGGUAUGCAAUUGAACCGCCUUCCAUUUUCCCCCCUCAAGGAUGUUCAUUUCAGACUCACGAAAUCCCACAUCACAAAAUGUGCUCUGGGAGGUUUUCUAAUUCUUCAUUCUCCUAGACUUUGGAAAUAGGAUUGCUCAUUUUCUGGGUAAUAAGAGAGAUGCUGCCAUGAAAAUUGUCACCUCUGAGAUCAGGGGUGUAUUUUGUUUUUAUGUUUUGGAUAUACACGUAAUGGUGCCUAUACAAGGAACCCAGGAUAAUAAGAGUUUUUAUUCAAGAAAUUACUUAAUGUCUAUAUAAGGUAGCAAAAUUGUUUAGAAGUAAGUGAAAGGAAUUCUGGGUAAAAGCCAAUGUGCAGCCGCCUCACUCCUGGCUCAGAACAAAUCAUAGAGUUUAGGAACAACACUGUCUUUCAGAACUGCUGUUCAUAUGCACUGUGUUGCAACCCACUUGUCCCCAACACUGCCCAUGGGGCUUGCCGGGCGCCAUUGCCAUGAGGUAACAAACCUGGGCACGGAAGCCUGAGAGCAGGGAGCUACAGCAGGACUUGGCUUCUUGAAAGAGUGACUACUAAUGACAUUUAUGAAGAUCUGAUUUGCCUCAGCUUGGUGGGAUAAGAGUUGUCAUCAUUCCUGUUUUACUGGUGAUGGAACUGAAUCUUACAUUUCCCAGACAGGAACUGGUGGGUCUGAGUCCGAACUCCAAUCUUUAAGAUUCUUACCCACUCCCACCCUGAGAAACUGCUCUUAGUGAAAAAACACAAGGGUCCACGGAUGCCGUCAAGGGUGAAGGAAAAUGUCUUGGGCAUUCUGACCAACAGCUCUGUAACUGUUUUGUGUUUUAGUUUAAAACACAGAACUGUCUUCAGAGGGCUGCGGUUGCCGCCUCACCCAGCUCCAGGGGGCCUCGUUCACACCACAGUCUAUAUGAAUGGCGCCCCCUGGAGGUGGGCAGGGUGCAGAGUGCUGAGUUGUAAACUACAAACGGUAAAGGGGAAAACCAGAGAGACUCUGCUCAACGUGCUGACAAAGUUCUGUCACGUUUCCAUGUAAUUAACUAAACACAGGGGUGCCUUCAAGUCCCCAUAAAGGAUGCUAACACCCUGGCCCUGCCCUCAACUGGUAUGGCAGAGAAGUGUCUCUUCUACACUGUUUCUCUGAGCUAGCGGCAGAAGCACAUAGUGGCCACUGGGGGCAGCAGGCCCUAAACUGUAUUCUGCAGUUUUUGGCGAUUAUUUGCAAAAAGGACCCUGUGGUCAAAUAUGGUGGGAAAGCACCACAUAGCUGCCCCCUCCUUGAGAGUCACCACAGCACAUAUCACACCAGAAGCCCCAGAUUGUUGUUUCACCCAGCAUUUCCUGGACUUACCACAGAGCCAACUCCCCAUCCCCCCUCCUCAGGAACUCUUAUGAAAUCUGGUGGCCUGAGCCACACUGUUGAGACAGCAGGGCUCUCACAGUGGAGGUGCCAGCCUUAUGCCACUGCCUCUGCUUGGGAGCACUAAGUAGGGACGUGCCGGAGCUCCUGCCACACAGUCUUUCCACGCAUGUGAGUGUCUCUUUGGGGCAGUCAGACCAGGCCUCUUCCCUAUGGAAGAUCAUGGUUAAGAACCUUACUGAUAUUUUAAGUGUAAAAUGUUACAGAUACGGAAGCAAAGGCCUCUCCUUUGAGCUUUUUUGGUCAGAUUAGAGAGAUGAGGGAUUUACAUCACACUUUCCUGUGACCCAAGUGUGUUCCCAGGCAUGGCAGCGAGGAGGAUCCCCCUUCUUUUGUCGCGUGGACCCUGGGAUGGAAUGUCUGAGGCCCAUCUCUCCUGCAGACCACUGUUUGCUUGUUUUUGAAAUGCUGGUCUCACCCAUCACUAGACUGUGAAAUCAC